AUGUCUUCACUCGGUACUCAAGCAUCGAACAAGAAGAAAGUCAUGCACAACAAACCGUCGACUAAAGCUGCUUCCCGUUUCCCUGGUAAUGAGGUGUACCCACCGGCAAGGAAUACAAACUUGCCAGCUGCAUCAGAUCUCAGCGGUGGACUGGCUCUUUUUUACAUGGAUGAUCUCGACGUCAAGAUUCUUUACUCAAACAAACGUAUGAUCGGCACUGAAGCAAGGAUAGAAGGGAGAAAAGUCAAUACGACGUUUACUGAUGGUAAAAUACCGUGA